GCUGAGACUCCCCUUGCAGCAAUGGACUUGGAUAAACACUCUGUAUGGGGAUCCCUGAAACAGAAGACCCGGCCGUUCCUGCAAAACCUGAGUGUGAGGAAGACGAAGAAGAGGUCUGCCAAAAUGCUGGAGAGGAAGGGCCACUCCUUGGACCGCUGUCUCAGUGUGUCAGUGCCUGACAUGCUGGAGGUGGAGACUCUCAUGGAAGAAGAAGAAGAAGAAGAAACUACUUGCCCGAGCGUUCAGGUGUUGUCGAGCUGCUCCUCCAAGAGCUUUUCCAGGUCUGUGGUGUCCCUGAAAAGCAGGAAUGCUUUGGUGAAGGCAGUGGGAGAGGACUGGCUGUGGACGUCCCAGCAGGGGACACGGACAGAGGUGACAGUCACCUCCCCGGCCACGCAAGCUGUGGGCAUUCACCUGACAUCCACACGAGGAGCUGAGGCUGUGGGGAGCCCCGUGUCCGAGGGGAAGAGGAAAUCCAGUGAGGACCUCUUGGAUCUGCUGCAGAGCUCCCGCCUGAGCGCCGACGGGACUGAGGCUCUGGAGGAAGCGAACGACUGCCUGAGUGACCUGCCCAGCCCCUUUGCCUACCUGCUGACCAUCCACCUGAAGGAGGGCCGCAACCUGGUGAUCAGGGAUCGCUGUGGUACAAGUGACCCGUACGUGAAGUUUAAACUGAAUGGCAAAACCCUCUACAAAAGUAAGGUAGUAUACAAGAACCUCAACCCAGUUUGGGAUGAAACUGUUGUGCUGCCCAUACAGACCCUCGAUCAAAAACUCUGGAUUAAGGUGUACGAUCGUGAUUUAACCUCUUCAGACUUCAUGGGUUCGGCAUCUGUAGCGCUCACUGAACUUGAACUCAAUAGAACUACUGAACAGGUUUUAAAGCUGGAAGAUCCCAACAGUUUAGAAGAUGACAUGGGAGUGAUUGUAUUAAACUUGAGUCUAGCAGUCAAGCAAGGAGACUUCAAGAGAAAUAGAUGGUCAAGUCGAAAGAAACGAACUUCAUCCAAGUCGAGUUUCACGCGGAACAUGCGGCUCUCGGAGUCUCUGCGCAAGAACCAGCUGUGGAACGGGCUGGUCACCAUCACCCUCUUGGAGGGGAAGAACAUGCCCAGAGGGGGCUUGGCAGAGAUUUUUAUUCUCCUCAAACUGGGAGACCAAAGAUACAAGAGCAAGACACUGUGUAAGAGUGCAAAUCCUCAGUGGAGGGAACAGUUUGAUUUUCACUACUUCUCUGACAGGAAGGAUAUGUUGGACAUUGAGGUGUGGAGAAAGGAUAACAAAAAGCACGAGGAACUUUUGGGAACAUGCCACGUUGACAUUACUGCCCUGCCAGAAAAGCAGACCAACUGCUUGGAGCUGCCUCUGGAAAAACAUCCAGGGUCCCUGCUGAUGCUGAUUGCUGUUGCCCCAUGUACAGGAGUGUCCAUCUCUGAUCUGUGUGUCUGUCCUUUGGGAGACCCCAAUGAACGGCAACAGAUUUCUCAGCGUUAUUGUAUAAAGAAUUCCUUUUGGGACAUAAAGGACAUUGGCUUCUUACAAGUCAAAGUUUUAAAAGCAGUGGACCUGAUGGCAGCAGAUUUUUCAGGCAAAAGUGAUCCUUUCUGUGUCUUGGAGCUGGGAAACGACAUGCUUCAAACACACACUGUUUACAAGAACCUCAAUCCAGAGUGGAACAAAGUUUUCACAUUCCCUAUUAAAGAUAUUCACGAUGUUCUGGAAGUGACAGUGUUUGAUGAAGAUGGAGAUAAACCCCCUGAUUUCCUUGGAAAAGUUGCCAUCCCUUUGCUGUCUAUUAGAAAUGGUAAACAAAGUUGUUACACCCUGAAGAAUAAAGACUUGGAACGUGCUUCAAAAGGAGUAAUUUACUUGGAGCUGGAUGUCCUAUUUAAUCCUAUAAAAGCAAGUAUUAGAACAUUCAAGCCCCGAGAAAAGCGCUUUACUGAAGAGAACCGCAAAUUUUCUAAAAAGAUCUUAUCAAGAAAUGUUGAUCGCGUGAAAAAAAUCACCAUGGCAAUAUGGAAUACAAUACAAUUCCUUUGGAGCUGCUUUCUCUGGGAGUCCACAGUAAAGAGCCUGGUAGCAUUUGUGGUAUUUGUGGUCACCGUCUGGACCGUGGAGCUGUACAUGGUGCCCCUGGCUUUGCUGGUGCUCUUUGCAUACAAUUUCUCCCUCGUCACAACAGGGAAGGUCAAUAAUGCCCAGGAUGCCCAGGAGCUUAUGGGCUUGGAUGAAGACGAGGAUGAAGAUGAUAAGGAAUCUGAGAAAAAGGGGCUAAUUGAGAGAAUCCACAUGGUUCAAGAGAUCAUCAUAGCUGUUCAAAGCAUCCUGGAAGAAAUAGCAUCAUUUGGAGAGAGGAUUAAAAACACGUUCAACUGGACGGUGCCUUUCCUCUCUGUCUUGGCCUGCUUGGUUCUGGCAGCAGCAACAGUUAUUUUGUAUUUUAUACCACUGAGGUACAUUGUUUUAAUCUGGGGCAUAAAUAAAUUUACUAAGAAGCUUAGAAAUCCCUAUGCCAUCGACAAUAAUGAGCUACUAGAUUUCCUCUCCAGGGUACCAUCUGAUGUUCAAAAGGUGCAGCACGCUGAAUUGAAACCAUCCAACAGCUCCAGCCCCAUCAGGAAGAAGCGGAGCGCGCUAUAGGAUGCAGCGGGGUUGGGAAUGCAGCACCUCCCUCCCUGCACAGGCGUGCACACACAGCUCCCCUCCCCUCCUUCUCGCUUCAGAACAACACUAGAGUCACUGCCACAGACUUUCUCUUUCUUGGAAGAUGUGGUUUUUGAUAAGCGCCUAUCUUGGGUUUCUUUUCUGGGUUGUCUUUUUGGCACGGAAUCCCAAAAAAGAGCAAGGUGAAACGUGAAUUAGUUUGUGGGAUGGGGAGGAGAAUGGGAGAGGAUGGUGCAACUACACCUUUUAUUUUUCUUUUUUUUCCCCCCCUUUGAUUGCAGAGACAAGGCUGGAUGUGGCAGCACUCCCUGUGUUAUGUAGGAAGAGAUAAUUCUGCUUAGUGUAGCAGAUCAGCUGAGCUGAUGUGAGGAGAUGCUCUGAACCAGUUUUUAACAUAUCCAACAGAUUUACAUUAAGAUAUGAAAGCUAUUCUUUUCUGAGUUAAAUCACUGUGCCUAGAAAGGUUUAAGCUCUGAAUUAACGAGUCUUUGAUACCCAUCUUCUGUUCAAGCAGUGUACAUUUUAAAAAGUUUUUUAUCAUAAUUAGCAGAAAGAGCUAGGAGCUCCAACAGUAUCUCAAUAUUUCAUCCAGCACUUGUGGGUUUUUCUUUUUCCUUUUUUUUCCCUCUUUUUUUUUUUUUUCCUCCUUUUUUUUUUUUUUUCCUUGAAGCCCAGCCUGUGGUUAACUCUUUGUAUACUGGAAUCAUUGGAGAUCCAUUGCUGGCAAUGGAUGCAUGAAAACCUUAUGCCAUGAAAGGAUUAAGAGAAAAGGCUAACUCGGUGACCUGAAAAGACUCUGUUGGCUUGCCUUUUAUAAUUCCAUCUCAUCAGAUAUUUUCAGCAUAGCUGUUGUUUCCCUGUCUAAAUCCAGAGGGGUCAACACUACAGAUCCAAGAGGGAAAAAAAUAACAAAAACACGUUAUAGCCUUAAAGAAACAAGUGCUUGUGCAGAAGGAGAGCAUGUGCCCAAAGAAGUGGUUGUGCAAUAGUGUGCAGGCUUUGGUCCACCACUGAUGUCUUCUUGCACUCUUUCCUGGUGGUUCACGAGGAGAGGACCCAAAAGUGAAGUCAAGUGGAAACAACUUGAAGACAGAAAGAAGAAAGGACCCCAUUUUGUGUUCGUGGAAAAUGUGAUUUCUUGCUUGCU